AUGGCGUCAAAACGAUGUGCUGGAUCAAUUUUGGAAUAUUUUACUAAAAAAAUGAAAAGUUCAACAGCAUCUGUAUCUACAAAAGAAAUUGCUUUAACUGAUCUAAUUAAUCUUUCAACAAGUUCUCGAGAUGAAGUUCUUGAAGAAUCAUUUGUAGCUCAAAGUACUCCUCUUGUGAAUUCAUUAAAUUUGUUUAAUACGAAUAGUUUACUGGAAAAUUAUGAUGAAUCUGAAAACCGGGCUGCAAUUGUUGAUAAUUGUAGUGAAUCAUCAUAUGAAAAAAGACAAAUGCUUUUCGACUGA